CAGGCGCGGGCGUGCUGGGGAUGCCAGCGCGGGCCUUUCCCCGGACCCCGAGCGCCUUCAGCCUCCGCAGGGCGCGGACCUCCUCGCGGGUCCGGUGGUCCCAGGAAGUCGUGGAAGGAUGGCUUCCGGGAGAGCCUCGGGGCAAACACCCGGCCGCCCAUCCCAGUCCACCCGGCCCUUCGGGGCCCUCCGCAAGGACUUCCGGAUGACGCCCCCGCUCUCUGCUCUCGGGUUUCCCAAACCCCACCAGGCUGCGCGUUAGAGCGCACAGCACCUGCGAAUAGCGGGGCUGCAGACCCCCGGUUCUGACCCGCUGCUCCUCCCAGCGCCCGCGGCUCCUUGCGGCGUGGGCGCCGCCCUGGCCAGUGACCGGGCUGGGACGUGGAGCCCCAGGGCCCACUGCAUCCCAGCCCUGACUAACCCUGGGCCAAUGCCCUGACCCCACGCAUCUCCAUGUGCCCACUGUCAGGACUUCCUUCCUGGGGUGGUCCUGGGGCUGCAGCAGCCUCCCGCGUACAGCGCCCAGCCCGGUGAACCUGGCCCCGGAUAAGCCUUCCUUAGCCCUCCUCAGCCCCAGGAAGGCGUCCUAUCAGCCCCCUCCCUGGCCACACUCCUCUCCCCUCAGCCCCUGCCGGGCCUGAGUCUAGGUCUCGGGAGCCCCCGGGGCCUCUCCCCGGAGAGGAGGCCCGGUUCACGCGCCCCCAGCGAGCUGGCCAGGCUUGGAGGUGACUUGGGCAAGACACAGCAUCGUGGGCCUCAUGUGUGACUGCAGCCUCCCCCCAGUGUUGGCAACAAAACUGCACCCCCCCGGGAACCUCUGUAUGUUCCUGACUUAGAACAGGAAGCAUCGCGCCUUCACCAGUGGAGUCUCGGGCGGGCCGGCAUCUUCCCACACCCGCUGCAGCACCGGCCUGGUCAAGAGCGGAGCCCAAGCCCCUGCCAGCCCAGCCAGGACCAGCCCUGCUGAGACUCCAGAGCGUCGAGCAGGACAUGCUGCGCCAGCGCCCCCAGCUGCUGCUCCUGGGGAGCCUGCUCGCCCUCCGGUCUGUCCUUUCCCAGGAGUGCACCAAGUACAGAGUCAGCACCUGCCGGGACUGCGUUGAGUCAGGGCCUGGCUGCGCCUGGUGCCAGAAGCUGAACUUCACGGGGCAAGGGGAGCCUGACUCCACUCGCUGUGACACGCGGGAGCAGCUGCUGUCAAAGGGCUGCGCGACGGAUGACAUCAUCGACCCCAGGAGCCACGCCACGACCCAGGAGGACCAGGUGGGGGGCCAGAAGCAGCUGUCCCCACAGAAAGUGACACUCUACCUGAGACCAGGUCAGGCGGCUGUGUUCAACGUGACCUUCCAGCGGGCCAAGGGCUACCCCAUCGACCUGUACUACCUGAUGGACCUCUCAUACUCCAUGCUGGACGACCUCAUCAACGUCAAGAAGCUGGGGGGCGACCUGCUCCGGGCCCUCAACGAGAUCACCGAGUCCGGCCGCAUCGGCUUCGGGUCCUUCGUGGACAAGACGGUGCUCCCCUUCGUCAACACGCACCCCGAGAAGCUGCGGAACCCGUGCCCCAACAAGGAGAAGGAGUGCCAGGCCCCGUUCGCCUUUCGGCACGUGCUGAAACUCACCGACAACUCCAAUCAGUUCCGGACGGAGGUCGGGAAGCAGCUGAUCUCGGGAAACUUGGACGCCCCCGAGGGUGGGCUGGACGCCAUGAUGCAAGUCGCCGCGUGCCCGGAGGAGAUCGGCUGGCGCAACGUCACCAGACUGCUGGUGUUUGCCACGGAUGACGGCUUCCACUUUGCGGGAGACGGGAAGCUGGGCGCCAUCCUCACUCCCAACGACGGCCACUGCCACCUGGAGGACAACAUGUAUAAAAGCAGCAACGAAUUCGACUACCCAUCGGUGGGCCAGCUGGCACACAAGCUGGCAGAAAGCAAUAUCCAGCCCAUCUUCGCUGUGACCAAGAGAAUGGUGGCAACGUACGAGAAGCUCACGGAGAUCAUCCCCAAGUCUGCAGUCGGGGAGCUGUCAGACGACUCCAGCAACGUAGUCCAGCUUAUUAAGAACGCCUACAACAAACUGUCCUCCAGAGUCUUUCUGGAUCACAACACCCUCCCUGACACCCUGAAAGUCACCUACGACUCCUUCUGCAGUAACGGGGUAUCGAAGGUGGACCAGCCCAGAGGGGACUGCGACGGCGUCCAGAUCAACGUGCCGAUCACCUUCCAGGUGAAGGUCACAGCCACAGAGUGCAUCCAGGAGCAGUCAUUCGUCAUCCGGGCGCUGGGCUUCACGGACACGGUGACUGUGCGGGUCCUCCCCCAGUGCAAGUGCCGGUGCCGGGACGCGAGCCGGGACCACAGCCUCUGCGGCGGCAGGGGCUCCAUGGAGUGCGGAGUCUGCAGGUGCGACGCCGGCUACAUAGGGAAGAACUGCGAGUGCCAGACGCAGGGCCGGAGCAGCCAGGAGCUGGAGGGAAGCUGCCGGAAGGACAACGGCUCCAUCAUCUGCUCGGGGCUGGGGGACUGCAUCUGCGGGCAGUGCGUGUGCCACACGAGCGAUGUGCCCAACAAGAAGAUCUACGGCCAGUUCUGCGAGUGUGACAACGUCAACUGCGAGCGCUACGACGGCCAAGUCUGCGGGGGCGAGAAGCGAGGGCUCUGCUUCUGCGGCACCUGCAGGUGCCACAACGGCCACGAGGGCUCGGCGUGCCAGUGCCUCAAGUCUACGAAGGGCUGCCUCAACCUGGAUGGCGUCGAGUGCAGCGGCCGCGGCCGGUGCCGCUGCAACGUGUGCCAGUGCGACCCCGGCUACCAGCCGCCCCUGUGCCUCGAGUGCCCGGGCUGCCCCGCGCCCUGCGCCCGCUACGCCAACUGCGCCGAGUGUCUGAAGUUCGACCAGGGCCCCUUCGCCAAGAACUGCAGCGCAGCGUGCGGGGAGACGAAGCUGCUGCCCAGGCCACUGCCCGGCCGCACGUGCAAGGAGCGCGACUCCGAGGGCUGCUGGAUGACCUACACCCUGCUGCAGCGCGAGGGGCGGGACAGAUACGACGUGCACGUGAACGACACGCGCGAGUGCGUGAAGGGCCCCAACGUCGCCGCCAUCGUGGGGGGCACCGUGGCAGGCGUCGUGCUCGUCGGCCUCCUCCUGCUGGGCAUCUGGAAGGUCCUGACCCACCUGAGUGACCUCAGGGAGUACAAGCGCUUCGAGAAGGAGAAGCUGAAGUCCCAGUGGAAUAACGACAACCCCCUUUUCAAGAGCGCCACCACGACAGUCAUGAACCCUAAGUUUGCUGAGAGUUAGGGCUGCUUGGUGAAGACGGGGCCUCCUGCGCCGCCCAGGAGGAGCGCCCCAUGCCACGUCCCCUCCCGCAGGCCGCCCGUGACCCCGUCGCCCGGUGGACUCGGCUGGCGACACUUGACGACUUCACCACUAACGGAAAGUCCACCGUUUUCCUGCCCCCAGAAUGACAGACGCGGCCAGAUAAUGCUAGGGAUUCAUCAGAAGGGCCAGCCUCCCCCUUCUGACAUGAGUGACUUUUGAUAGCUCGCGUCCCAUAAGGUUAGACAUGUGUUGUCCUUUGUAAAAAUUAGCACUGCGGUCUGAUGAAAGGUGGUACAGAUUUAUUUAUAUGUGAACUUCUCAGAGUGUAAAAUUACAUCCCGUUGAUCAUGCUGCGCCCA